AUGGAGGUUGUCAGUCAAGCAUCUAUCGAUUUCCACUGCGAGGAAGGAUGGGUACGAGAUGGUGGACAUUGCUACUUGGCGGUUGAGAUUCCAACUUCCUUUUCAAAUGCAGAGAGAACCUGUAAAGGACUAAGUUCUAAGUUGGUAGAGAUCAGAGAUGAAACCGAGAAUAGUUUUAUCUACGGAUUAGUCAAACAAAAGUCUUGGAAGAAAGUGUGGAUUCUUAACUCGAUGAUUGACCAAUCAGAUGACUGGAACACUGAACUCAUCUUGAGUGAAGUUUUCAAGAAUAAGGCCUCUGGUAUGACAACUAUAAUGAUUCAAAUAGAACUUUUCUUAUGUUUAGGAAGUCAGUUUAAGGACUUGGGCUACCAUGCAGAGUUAUGCGAAGCAUUUGGGUUGUUUGAUCUGUUCGAACCAAAGUCAAAAAGUUUGCCCAAUCUAGAAGAAAAGUCUGAGUGUUUGGCUCAAAAUGAAGACGGUAAAUGGGAAGUUGCACAAUGUUUUGAGAGGAACCAGUAUAUUUGUCGAACUGAGGCAUGUGUUGAAGGUGGUUACCGUUGUCAUGACAACACCGGAUGUAUCAGCAAGAAAUGGGUUUGUGAUGGAGAGAGAGAUUGUGAGGCAUCCGGUUCUGACGAACAGAAUUGUCCGAAUCAAUCCACAUAUGAAGAAACUGGUAUCUCUGGUGAAAUUGAAGUUACAAACAGUAAUCAAUAUAAAGACAAUGCUUAUCAUACAUGGACUAUUAUUGGACCAGUGGGAAAACAAAUCAAACUUUCGAUUGAAAAUUUCAACACUGAAGAACAUAGAGAUUAUGUCCAUAUUUAUGAUCCUAUACAGACUAUAGAUGUGGCAACUCUCUCGGGACAACAAAGUAACCAGGAGUUUUACAUGACAUCAAAUCAAGCUCUGAUAGAAUUUAAAACUGAUUCUAGCGUUAUUAAAAGUGGUUUCAAAAUCAAAUGGACUUCAGAUAUUCCGGAAUUAAACAGUGGAGUUAUAGAAUUAACAGCUACUAACGACUGGCAAGUUAUAACAUCUCCAUUUUAUCCAAAUAGUCCUCGAUAUUUUUAUAAAGAAUGGUUGAUUAGAGCUGAAAAAGGCGAGGUUAUAUCUUUUAAGGUUAAAGAAUUUAUCAAGGAUACAGAAGAGGGCACGAAGUUUAUGGUUUAUAUUUAUGAUGGAGAAGACUUAUCACCCGCCACUGAAAUUAUCGGAAUUGAAACGGCUACUGACAGUCAUUUCGAUUUUGUGAUCACUACUAAGUCCAAUGCCCUGAGAAUUAUUAUACAUUAUUAUGCUCUUGUACCGCCUGGCCAGACCGGGUAUAGAAUCUCCUACAAGAAAGGUUGUACUUUCAAAUUGGCUCAGACGCAUGGUAUGAUACAUUCACCUGGGUAUAUUAAAGAAGAGUAUUCACCAUCUACAACAUGUUCCUGGCUUAUUACUGAUCCAGAUAAUACCAACAGACCAUAUACUAUUGUGAUAGAGAAACUUGAACUGGCAGAUAAAGUUGAUAAUAUCAAGAUUUUUGACGAAGAAAGUAUGUCAACUUCAUAUCAUUCCGAUGGAGGGUUCAAUGAAAUAGUGGGCUCUAAGAGUUUAGCUGUAGGCAAUCAGUUUUACCUGAAAUUCACUAGUAACCUUAUUCAAUCAGCGGGAAAAUUCUCGAUAAAGUACUCGCUGGGCUGUCCAGAUAUACCAACUCAUCCGAAUAUGACGAUAUCAACUAGUGACACCACCCCUGCUACAAUGGUAGACAUUUCAUGUGAUACUGGAUAUUCAUUUGCCCAGGCCGAAUAUAACGGUCAACAAAGUAUAUCUUUUGUAUGUUUGGAAGGGGGUAAAUGGAAUUAUGACGUUUAUCCUACUUGCCAAGUAACAUAUUGUGGUGUCCCUCCACCUAUACCAAAUGGUUAUAUAUCAAACUAUACCGGAAGUGUUAUGUAUAAUGAACAAGUGGAGUAUACCUGUUACGAUGGGUUCAAAAUGAACACAAUCUCACCCUUGGCUACCUGCUUAGAUACUGGUUCCUACAGUAGUGAUAUUACAUGUGCAGCAUCAACGUGUGGAGACCCUCCCGUGGUGCCGAAUGGAAGAGCUAACACAACAGGAACUGAUUUUGCCUCAGUUGCCACAUAUUCUUGUGAUGCUGGUUACGAUUUGGUUGGUUCUGUAAAAUUAGUCUGUUUAACUACUGGAAAGUGGUCUCAUAAGGAACCUCAGUGUUUUAAAAAGAAAUGUGGUAUACCCAGCUUUAAACAUGCUAGUACAGUAACAAAGGAACCUGUAGAGUUUGAAAGUAAAGUCACCUACACUUGUGAAGACGGAUAUGAGAUAAACGGAACAGACGAAAUAACUUGUGGUCCCGACCAGACAUUCGAUGGUGAAAUAAUAUGUGGGGUACAAAUGGAGCCCGGGGGAUUCAAAUACGUACGUAACCGGUUAAGAUUCUUUUUAGCUGUUUGUUUGGCUGUUUGUUUAGCUGUUUGUGACUUAACGCUUGGAUAUUUUAAGUUAAAACUUUCACGAAAGUAUUUUUUCAAAGAAUCCACAUUGCUAUUAUCUUAUCUUUAUUUUGAUGAUAUUAAUGAAUGUGUCGGUCAACAGUCGGUCUGUGGUGAUGAUUCUGAUUGUAUGAAUACAAUAGGCUCAUAUAGAUGCAUGUGUAAAUCUGGUUUUGAGUCCCGUGACUCUUUUUGUCAUGAAAUUAAUGAGUGUGAUGAGAAUAACGGUGGCUGUGAUCAAGUCUGCACCAACAAUGUUGGAAGUUAUAUAUGUGGAUGUAAUGUAGGAUUUACUCUAUUCACUGAAAACGGGGUCAAUAAUAAAGUGAAGUCGGAUAAAGAAACUGGAUUAAGACCAGGAGAUGUCUUACGAUUUGAUCACUCUUGUGUUCGCAAUAUAUGCCCUCGACCAGCUAAUAUUGAGCAUGGAGAACUAUUAUCAAGACGACAAAAUUUCUCGUUUGGAGACAAAGUAAGUUACCGAUGUGAUAUAGGAUUUCAAUUAAAUGAAGAUGAAGAGCUGGAGUGUGUUAGUAAUGGAUGGAAUGCUGAUCCACCUAUUUGUAAAAGUUAG